AUGAAGAUAAAAAUAUAUGUGAUUCUUUCCCUAGCAAACUGUUGCUUCCUUUUAGGUACCGGAACUGCAGAUAAGCUUGACUGCAGAAAAUACCUAAAAGGUAAACAAGCCCAGAUAAGCUGUGAUACAAAGUAUGCACCAGUUUGUGGAACUGAUGGUCUUACUUAUGGCAGCGAAUGUAUGCUGUGUGCCAUUAUCAGGUGUGGAAAACUUGUAGAUCUAGCACACGAAGGAAAAUGUGUUGACUGCAGCAGGUAUCCGCAGCCACCACCUGGUGAUUGCCCACAAGAACACAGGCCUGUGUGUGGCACUGAUGGUAUAACCUAUGCCCAUGUAUGCAUCUUGUGUGCACAUAUCUGGUAAGUCCAACAUGAUAAGAAACUACUUCUAAGACAACUGUGAAAUACCAUG